AUGGCAGGAGGCUUGCUGGAAGCUGCCCUGGCAAAAGAGCAGGAGCUCAUGUUGCCCGCGCAGCCAGAGGAGGCGUCCCUGGUGAUGCGACCAGCGUGGAAGUUCUCCAUGCAAGAGGCUCUCAAGCGGGAGGGUCGCGACGCAUAUCAAUCGCAGGGACACACGACCAAAGCAUCGGUGCGAAUCAACGAGUUCGUACAGGACGAUUCCUGCCUCCAGAGGUUCGUCAUCCCACCUCAGAACAAGUUCCAAGUGCUUUGGUCCAUCGUCUGCUCUCUACUCAUCCUCUGGGAUGCCAUAACCAUCCCACUGGAGAUGUUCAAUGUUCCUGAGUUCGGCGUGGUCUUGGACACGGUCGGCAUCUUUUCAUGGGUUUUCUGGAUGGUGGACAUCCCGCUGCACUUCUUCUUCGGCGUGCAGCUCGAGGGAACGACGGAGCUGCGGCCUCAAAAAUUGGCCCAGCUGUAUCUGCGAUCUUGGUUUUUGGUAGACCUGGUCGUUGUCCUCAUCGACUGGAUGCUUUUCCUCCUCGAGGCUGCUGUUAUGUCUUCAGACGAGACGUCUGUGUUGAAGUCCGCCCGGUAUUUGCGUACGCUGCGCCUGCUGCGACUCUUCAGGCUUCUGCGGGUGGUGAAGCUCUACCGCGAGCUCUCAUUGCUGGCCAACCGCUUUUUGUCGACCUACGCCUACAUGGUCAUGAAGGUGGUGGCUGGGCUCUGUGUGAUGUUGGCGAUCAACCAUCUCAUUGCUUGCGCCUGGUAUGGCAUCGGCAGCUGGCCAGAUGGCGAAAACACAUGGAUCAAACGGGCGGAGAUCCACGGCGCGGGCUCACAGGAGGGAAUCGCCGGUUUCGCCGACAACUAUGCGGCCUCCAUGCAUUGGGCUCUGACACAGUUCACCCCUGCCACCAACAACAUCGCCCCCUACAAUGCCGCUGAGCGGUUCUUUGCCAUUUGGGUGAUCCUGCUGGCGAUGGGUGUGUUCUCCUCCUUCAUUGGCUCCAUCAGUGCCACGGUGAGUUCACUUCGCACGGCACGUGCCGAUCAGUACCAGAAGCAGUCGAAGCUUUUGCAAUUCUUCAUCGAGCGCGACCUCUCGGUUGAGCUUUUCGGCAAGGUGCAAGAGGCGUUGAAGCGCGUGGGGAACUUGGAGGUCAGAGUGAAAGAGAGUGAGGUGAGCCUCAUCCAGGGCAUCCCAGAGCGAUUCAAGAUGGAGUUGCACGAGGAGAUGUACAUGUCCGCGGUCAUGAAGCUGGGAUGCUGGCCGUCCUGGAGCAACGAGGGGCAGCGUCCAUUUUUCCGAAACCUUUGCCACCGGGCCAUGUCAGAGCAUGUGUCCACACCUGGGCAAGAUUUCUUCUUACCAGGUGCAGAUUGUCAGCGUGUAUACGUGCUGCAGUCGGGUUCCAUGGGAUACUCUUUCCGAGAGCAGAAAACGAUUCCUUUGCGAGCCCAGGAUGUUCUUUGCUUGCCCUGCCUCUGGGCGGAAUGGUACCAUCGAGGUCGUCUCACCUCCAACGCCAUCAGCUACGUCGCGGGUGUAGACUGCGAGGAGUUUUGCAGGCAGGCGAUCAACUUUGGUGGAAGGCUUGUUCAAUUCUU